AUGGCCCGGGCCGGCAGCUCCAGCAGCGACGCGGCCGCGGGGGAGCGGGCCGGGGGCGCGGGGCGGCCCGAGCCGUGGGAGCUGUCCCUGGAGGAGGUGCUGAAGGCGUACGAGCAGCCCAUCAACGAGGAGCAGGCGUGGGCCGUGUGCUUCCAGGGCUGCCGCGGGCUGCGGGGCGCGCCGGGCGGCGGGCGGCGCAUCCGGGACACGGCGGACAUCCUCCUGCGCCGGGACGGCUCGGUCAGCGCGCGGCGGGAGCCCGAGUCCACAACGAUGGUGUUGUCACCAACCAGCUCAGAAGCCCAGAUGGUGCAGUCACUGGGCUUUGCCAUUUACCGCGCGCUGGACUGGGGUCUGGACGACAGCGAGGAGCGGGAGCUCAGCCCGCAGCUGGAGCGGCUCAUCGACCUCAUGGCCAACAACGACUGUGAAGACAGUGGCUAUGGGGCCGCCGACGAGGGCUAUGGGGGCCCGGAGGAGGAAGAGGAGGCCGAGGGCAGCCCCCGCGCCGUGCGCACCUUUGCCCAGGCCAUGCGGCUGUGCGCGGCCCGCCUGACCGACCCCCGGGGCGCGCAGGCCCACUACCAGGCCGUGUGCCGGGCGCUCUUCGUGGAGACACUGGAGCUGCGGGCCUUCCUCGUCAGGGUCCACGAAGCCAAGGAGAUGCUGCAGAAGCUUCGGGAGGAUGAGCUGCAGGCAGAGAAGCCCCUGGCAGAGCUUGACAACCUGGGACACACGGACUGGGCCCGACUCUGGGUGCAGCUCAUGAGGGAGCUCCGCCAUGGAGUGAAGCUCAAGAAGGUGCAGGAGCAGGAAUUCAACCCCUUGCCCACUGAGUUCCAGCUCACCCCCUUUGAGAUGCUGAUGCAGGACAUCCGCGCCAGGAACUACAAACUACGCAAGGUCAUGGUCGAUGGAGACAUCCCCCCCCGGGUGAAGAAGGAUGCCCAUGAACUCAUCCUGGACUUCAUCCGAUCCCGGCCUCCACUGAAACAGGUCUCGGAGAGAAGGCUUCGCCCCUUACCGCAAAAGCAGAGAACCCUGCACGAGAAGAUCCUGGAGGAGAUCAAGCAGGAGCGGAGGCUGCGCCCAGUGGGGGGCAAGCACUGGGGUGGCCGGGGGUUUGGCUCUCUGCCCUGCAUUCUCAAUGCCUGUUCAGGGGACACCAAAUCCACUUCUUGCAUCAACCUGUCGGAUGCCGGGAACAACACGCAGCGCCCACGGCCCCGGGUCCUGCUCAAGGCACCCACCUUGGCUGAGAUGGAGGAGAUGAACACAUCUGAGGAGGAAGAGUCUCCAUGUGGGGAGGUGACACUGAAGCGGGACCGCUCUUUCUCAGAGCAUGACCUGAUCAAGCUCCGGAGUGAAGUGGCCUCUAGCCUGCAGCCAGCCACUCAGCCCCAAGGAGGGUUGGAAUCAUCCCGGCCCCGUGCAGGCAGCGUGCACACUUGGAGGCCAAGCGCCCAGGAGCAAGGUCCCUUCCCAGUGAGUGUCCAGGCCCAGCCUGACCCCAGCUCCAUACCACACAGUGACCUGGGCUCAGCAGAGGACCAGCCAAAGGCUUCUGCGGCCCCAGACACCCAUCACCUGUGGCUGGAGUUCAGCCACCCUGUGGACAGCCUCGCUCUGACUGUGGAGGAGGUGAUGGACGUGCGCCGUGUGCUGGUGAAGGCCGAGAUGGAGAAGUUCCUGCAGAACAAGGAGCUCGUCAGCAGUCUAAGGAAGGGGAAGAUUUGUUGCUGCUGCCGAACCAAGUUCCCGCUGUUCUCCUGGCCACCCACCUGUCUCUUUUGCAAGAGGGCUGUCUGCACGUCCUGCAGCAUAAAGAUGAAGAUGCCUUCUAAGAAGUUUGCGCACAUUCCUGUCUACACGCUGGGCUUUGAGAGUCCUCGGAGGGUGUCAACUACCAGAACUACACCGACGCAGAGAAGAGAUCCCUUUCAAUCCCUGCAGGGGCCCCAGUGGCAGAGUGUGGAGCAGGCAUUCCCACACAUCUACACCCACGGCUGUGUCCUCAAGGAUGUGUGCAGCGACUGCACCAGCUUCGUGGCAGAUGUGGUACGCUCUAGCCGCAAGAGUGUGGAUGCCCUCAACACCACGCCUCGCCGUACCCGCCAAACCCAGUCCCUCUACAUCCCUAACACGUGGACUCUCAACUUCAAGUGA